AUGGCCCAGGUCCUGCACGUGCCAGCCGCCUUCCCAGGGACCCCUGGUCCAGCUUCCCCGCCCACCUUCCCUACCAGGGACCCUGACCCACCCUACUCGGUGGAGACGCCUUAUGGUUACCGCCUGGACCUAGACUUCCUCAAGUAUGUAGACGACAUCGAGAAGGGCCACACUCUGCGGCGGGUCACUGUGCAGCGCCGCCCCCGCCUGGGCUCGCUGCCCCGAGGCCCCGGAUCCUGGUGGACGUCCACUGAGUCACUAUGCUCCAACGCCAGUGGGGACAGUCGCCACUCGGCCUACUCCUACUGCGGCCGCGGCUUCUACCCACAGUAUGGCGCCUUGGACAGCCGCGCCGGUGUCAAUCCCCGCGUUGAGCGAACCUUACUGGAUGCCCGACGCCGCCUUGAGGACCAGGCGGCCGCACCCUCUGGCCUGGGCUCCCUGACACCCAGUGCAGCUGGCUCGACAAGUUCGCUGGUGGGCGUGGGGCUGCCACCCCCGACACCACGGGGAUCAGGACUGUCCACGCCGGUGCCGCCCAGCGCAGGACACCUAGCGCACGUCCGGGAACAGAUGGCGGGCGCCCUGCGGAAGCUUCGGCAGCUGGAGGAGCAGGUGAAGCUGAUUCCUGUACUUCAGGUGAAGCUGUCCGUCCUACAGGAGGAAAAGCGGCAGCUCACAGUGCAGCUCAAGAGCCAGAAAUUUCUGGGCCACCCCACAGGGUCCCGGGGUCGCAGUGAGCUGUGCCUGGACUUGCCUGAGCCCUCCGACCAGCCGGCGGCACUCGAGACCCGGAGUGUGGGCACCUGGGUCCGAGAGCGGGACUUGGGCAUGGCCGACGGGGAGGCAGCCCUCGCUGCUAAAAUUGCUGUGUUAGAGACACAGCUCAAGAAAGCUUUACAGGAACUGCAAGGAGCUCAGGCCAGGCCACGGCCAGAUAGCCCAAUCCGAGCAGACAGUCUCCGGGUAGUGGAGGGGCCCAGGGAGGUGGAGGUGUCAGCCAGCACAGCUGCCGGAGCCCCUGCUCAGCGGGCUCACAGUCUGGAGCCCUACGGAGCAGGGCUGCGGGCCCUGGCUACAUCUCGAGGGGCCGAGAGCCCCUCUGUGUUCCGCAGCCAUGAGGUGGUGGAGACAACGUUCCCAGCGCCCACUCCUGCCACUGGCAACAUUCACAUGGUGAAGAAAAUCAGCAUCACUGAGCGAGGCUUCGAUGGGGCUCCAGGUCUCAAACAGGGUCCUACUGAGUCGUCCUUGUCACCCCUGGGAUCCUCAGUAGCCUCUCUGACACAGCCUGAGAAGAAUACAGGUGGGGUGCCCACCCAUGAUGCCGCCGACAAAGAGCCUGCCAGGCGAGCAGCCUCAAGUGAGUCAGAGGAGGCCAGGGCUCUAACAAUGCUCCCUCUUUCCCCAGGUGGGCCCCAGGCAGGCGUGCGGUCCAUCAUGAAGUGGAAGGAGGAACCUACGGACCCCACAGCCCAACAGAGGAGUCUCCAGUUUGUGGGGGUCAAUGGCGGCUAUGAGUCCUCAUCUGAGGAUUCUAGCACCGCUGAGAACUUCUCAGACAAUGAGAGCACAAAGAGCGAGGAGAGAGUUCCCAGUGUGGCUGAAGCCCCCCAGCUUAGGCCGGCAGGGACAACAGAGGUCAAGACCAGUCAUCAAGAAUAUCAGCUGUCCCAGGAGUCCCAGCACCUGCCCACAGCCGAGGGGGCAUCAGGAACACACGUGGAAGAGGAGAUCCGGAUGGAGCUUAGCCCAGACCUCAUCUCUGCCUGUCUGGCCCUAGAGAAAUAUCUGGAUAACACCAACGCCCUCAGCGAGCGAGAGCUGAAAGUGGUGUACACCACGGUGCUGCAGGAAUGGCUGCGUCUGGCCUGCCGCAGUGACGCACAACCUGAGCUCGUACGGCGCCACCUCAUCACCUUCCGAGCCAUGUCAUCGCGGCUGCUGGACUAUGUGGUCAACAUUGCCGACGGCACCGGCAACACUGCGCUACACUACUCCGUGUCUCAUGCCAACUUCCCCGUGGUGCGGCAGCUGCUUGGCAGUGGAGUCUGUCAGGUGAACAAACUGAACCGCGCCGGCUACAGCCCCCUCAUGCUCACCGCUCUGGCCACUCUGAAGAGCCAGGAUGACAUCGAGACGGCCCUGCAGCUCUUCCGGCUCGGAGACGUCAACGCCAAGGCCAGCCAGGCUGGGCAGACAGCCCUAAUGCUGGCAGUCAGCCACGGGCGGGUGGACAUGGUUAAGGCCCUGCUGGCCUGCAAGGCAGAUGUCAACGUACAGGACGAUGAUGGCUCCACCGCCCUGAUGUGUGCCUGUGAGCAUGGCCACAAGGAGAUCACCAGGCUGCUGCUCGCUGUUCCCUCCUGCGACAUCGCGCUCACUGACCGAGAUGGGAGCACAGCUCUGAUGGUGGCCUUGGAUGCGGGGCAGAGUGAGAUCGCGUCCAUGCUGUACUCCCGCAUGAACAUCAAGUGCUCGUUUGCGCCCAUGUCAGAUGAUGAGAGCCCUGCAUCUUCCUCUGCAGAAGAGUAG